UUUGUUGGGUUAUUCAGCUAACUUUUAAAAUUCGAGAUCGGCUUCUAGACAUUUGUUUGAGUUGUUCAGCGAUUAGCCAACUAAGUUAAAGUUAACUUUAAACGUUAUUUCCGCUUCUAGGCUUUUCUCUGCGUUUCUCUGCGCUGGUCAGCUAACGUUAACUAGCGGUUGUCUUACAGAGGAAGCCGCUCACACCAUGGUGAACAUCUCCAUUCUGAGGGUCGAGAGCCCGUCCUGCAUCUGGGGUCGGUUUGUGCAGGAUCCCGGCAGUGGCACAGACCAGUACGACCGACUGCAGGCCCAGAUGAACCUCUUCUACAAGGACGUGACUCAGGACCUGCGCCAUCUGAAGCCCACCUCGUUGGAGGAGGGACAGGUGUGUGUGGUGUACUGGUCGUGGAUGAAGUCCUGGUGUCGGGCCGUGGUGGAGUCGAUCGUGAUGGACUCCGUGUCCUCUCAGGCUCGCUGCCUCCUGGUGGACCAAGGAGAGCAGCUUAUUGUCCCCUCAGACCAAGUCCGUAGCUGUGCUCUUUCUCCGGGCUUUGAUUCUGUGGAACAUCCUGCGGCUCCCUCCACGCCUCAGAAACCACAACAUGAGCCACAGACCUCUGAAGGAGGCACCGGGUCAAAGGUCACGCAGGAACAGAACCGCUCGGCCGCUGCGGAGAGCGUCUCGAGGUCAGCAGAGAGGACGCGGAGGAACGAAGAGGAGUGGGCCUGUUCAUGCCUUUUGGAGUGGUUGAACCCGAAGCCCCCGAUUGCCGACUCGGAGGCAGCAGACGACGCGGUAAACAGGUUAAAGCAUCAAGGCGGUGCAUGGUUAACCAAUCGGGGACAGUCAUCCUGGCAAACCCCUCCCUCUGCUGGAUGUGCUGCAGAAGGAGCGUCGGCGAUGGCAGAACUCAGCGGGGUUUAUUAUUUACUGUCUCGUAUGUCUUCUGUCUCCAUCUUCUCCUCCCUCACCUCAGGCACAGGGCCCAUAGUGGUGCUGUUGUGUCAAGGCUGGAAGAAAGCUCAGGUGGUCUACGGCCUGCUGGAGGACAUGAAGGUGGCCCCGGUCCUCCACCCGGCCAUCUUGCUGCUUGGCGUCGGCAAAGACGAGGCCAAGGCCGUCAAGAUCCCCAAAGACUAAGUGGAGAACUGCCUGCUCUUAGUGACCACUCCCUUCAGUCUGGUCCGUCUGCUGUCCAGCCACUGCUUCCUAUUCCUGCGUCUCUACCACCUCGUGCUGGACGAGGCCGACUGGCUCUUCACUGUCGCCCCAGAUCAGAUGGCAGCCAUUUUGGAGCAUUUCCAGAAGGAGGCGUCCAGCGAGGAGAAGGCUUCCUGUCCUCUGCAGCUCGUCGCCGCGGCAAGAAGGUGGACCGGUCACAUGGAGGGUUUGGUAGCCAAUUAAAUGCCAUACCCUUGCAUUGUUGUGACUGUCCCUGAGGAAGCUGUUCUCUAUGGUAACGUUCAGCAGGUCGUCCUCAUGACUCUGGGGAGCAGUAAGAUCUCAGUGCUGUUGGGUGCGUUGGAUUUCAACCCCGUCAUCGGCCAGAAGACUGUGAUUGUAGCAGACUCUGCUGAGGAGGUUGAAGACGUGUGGAAGGCUAUGAGCAGCAGGUCUGUAUUCUGCCUCAAGACCCACGAGCGGUUAACACACAACUUUGACUUCGUCAUCGAGCAGUGGGGGAACGCCAUCGGCCCCAGAACCCACGUCAUUCUGGUGACCACCACCCAGUGUCUGAAGUCCCUGGGAGUCAGAGACUCGUUGUGCGUCAUCCACUACGGCUUCCCCGCGUCUCCCAAACUGUUCGGCGACCGGCUGUCCUGUAUGGCCAAGAACUUCAGAAACCUCUCGGAGCGCGGUUCCUCCGAGGACCAGCCUCGGCUCACCAGGUCGGUGCUGCUGAUCUUUGAGAGGAACACCACUCACAUGGUCGGAGUUGUGGGCUACCUGCAGCGAACCGUCACCCCGCUGCCCCCCGAGCUGCUGUCCUUCGUUCGGGGGGUCCAGUUGGCCCGGGAGGACCAUAAGGCCGACAGGCCUCUAUGCAGCUACUUCAAGAGCUUCGGCGUCUGCAGAGACCGCAGCGUGUGUCCCAACCGUCACAGAUUCAUCACCAAGCUGGACGAGUCGCUGCUUCCUUCCUCGGGACUCAAAGAGGUCUUGCCUCUGCAUGUCAAGACGGCAUCGGUGUUCUACGGCCGCCUGGUGGAGGAGGGCCGAGGAGGCUUCCAGAGCUUGGCGGCAGAGAUGUCGGCUUUCUACGCCGACAAGAAACCCGGAGCUGAGGAGGUGCUGCAGGGCGGCCUGUACGCUGUCCAGGAGGACGAAGUCUUCCACAGGGUGGAGGUCCUGUCCCCCCCCCCCCACCCCAGAGCCGACCAGCUGUUCUUUUCCGUCUUCGUUCGGUUUAUCGACGUGGGAAACAAGGAGGAGGUCAAAUCCCAUCAGGUCCUCCAGCUGCCGGAGCGGUUCUGCUCUUUGCCCGGCCAGGCCGUGGAGAUGGUGGUCUGCCGGGUCAACCCGAGCGACGGCGAGAUCGACUGGCACCCCGAGGUCACCAGAGCGAUCAGCCAGAAGAUCCAAGGCCUGCAGCACCGAGCCAGAGCCGUGUUCAGUCUGGGAAACACCGUGUUUGUUGAUGCCAUGGUCCUUCUGACUCAGGUUCCGGGUAUGAAAACUGUGAUCAAUGAAUACAGCGUGCAGGCGGAGAUCCUGAACACUGGGAUGGGAGUCACCAACCAGGAGCACCUGAACCUGCUGCGGGCGCUCCGCCGGGACGCCGAGGAGGCGGGUCACGCAUCAGAGUCUGAUGACGCGCCACCGUCUCUGGCGGUCGGGAUCGAGGCUGAGGUGGAGGUUCUGGCCGGAGCCUUCAGAGCGGCCGAGGUCGACCCGCUCGCUGAGCUUUCUCCCCUCGAGCUGAUCCCGGUGUGUGGUCAGACACCCCCGCGCGACGGCCGGGCCGCCGUCGGACAGAAAAGCCUCCACACGGCUGAUCUGAAGUCUGCUGAGCAGACCACGAGUUUCCACCCCCUUGCCCACUGGUACCAGACGUCCCGCUUUGCCAUUGUGACGGUAAAGCUGAGGAACCCGGAGAACCAUUGCUGUGACUUCUACCCCGACCGGGUGGUCUACAGUGCCAGAGCCGACGGUCGGACCUACAGAGCCGACCUGCAGCUUCAUGGUGACGGCAUUGCUGACCGCUGCUGCUGCUGGGAGAUGAAGUCCAACGAGCCAGUCCUCCGACUGGUCAAACAGCAGCCGGGACACUGGGAGCGACUCCUGAGGAGCAAGAACAUCUUUGUGAGCUACGACACCGACCACAUCGAAGAGGACGAAGACGGAACCCCAAACGGCCCGUGCUUCGUCGAGGACUUGGGAAAGGACAACUGGUACGUGAACCUGGAGAGUGGCAGUGAGAGCGACUGAAGAUGAGACCGACGGGACAACACCCCCACUCCACUCGAGCCUUUGGAAAACAAGAAGGAAGAGUUUGGGGGUUGACAAAGGCGCGUAAAAUGCCAGAAAGCGCGAUAACGGUUAUUGAAGAACAUUCGGUGCAACUCGUUCAAACACUGUUAUAAAUAUUACUGUUGUAAUACAAACUCAUGUAAUGCCAAAGUUCAGGGCCUUGAUUACUUAUUAAAGACUAAUUCAAAAUAUCA